AUGUGGGAGAAGUCAGUUUUUGCCUUCCUGGAAGAGAUGUAUCGUCGMACAAUCCCRUCAGUUCGCUGCUAUUCCCAUGGGUCCCAUGAGACAGACGAGGAGUUUGAUGCUCGCUGGGUGACAUACUUCAAUAAACCAGAUAUAGAUGCCUGGGAAUUGCGUAAAGGAAUGAACACUCUUGUUGGCUAUGAUCUGGUUCCAGAACCCAAAAUCAUUGAUGCUGCUUUGCGAGCAUGCAGGCGGUUAAAUGAUUUUGCUAGUGCUGUUCGUAUCCUAGAGGUUGUUAAGGACAAAGCAGGACCUCAUAAGGAAAUCUACCCCUAUGUCAUCCAGGAACUUAGACCAACUUUAAAUGAACUGGGAAUCUCCACUCCAGAGGAACUGGGCCUUGACAAAGUGUAAAUCCCUAUGGGUAAGCGGCACACCA